AUGGACUUCAAAAUCGGUCUUCACGUUCCCCCAACCGGCCAUGCUGCCAGAGUAUGGGUUGUUAUCCGUGCAUCUGGGCCAGUCGUUCCAGACAAUGUUGGCGUGCCCAAUCAAGUGACUGAGCUUGUCAACUUUGGCCCGUGCAAGCCAAUUCAUAGAAUCCAACGGGUUUACCAGUCUUUGCAAGCAACGAAUACCGAGAUCAAUCCCCGCGCCAGUAUCCAAAGAUUCCAAUACGCUCAACUAUCCAAUCAAGUCAAGAUGGACCCCAAAUUCAAAAUUGACCUCCCACGGCCAUCGCCGGCCACUAUCUCUACUGGAACCCCCACGGAUAUCAAGAAGCAUUGGGUCAGACAGUACCAGCACCUUAUGAAGCUGUCUGAUAUCUACCUCAACAAGGAUCAGAUGCUGUACAUGAUAAUAGCGUCGCUGGAGUGGGACUUGUACGCUCAACUUGAAAAGCAGAACGUUGAUAUGACCAGCCCGAACAAGAUUCUGGCCUUCAUCAAUAUUUGCUGA